GUGUAGUGGCGUCAUCUAUUAAAAAGGCUUCAAAUUACGAACAUUUUUCAAGGCUGGGCUGAUUGCGCACUAAUCUUCACCCAAAUAUAGCUGCAUCCUCGGAGUUCUGCCGAGGAAGGAGAAGUUUUAAAAAAAAAACCUCAAAAGGUUUUACUCACAAAUUUUAUUUGGUCUGCUGAAGUACGAAAUGCUUCUCAAUAUCGAAGAAUUGGCCAACAGUGCCACAUCUAUUUACGUUGCUGUCGCUGUUGUCCUUUUGAGCAUCUUGUAUUACCUCUUCAAAACAAGAGGUUUACCACCUGGACCUAUUAGUUACCCAUAUCUUGGAUUGUGGCCCAUCCUCAAGCAUGAAACAGCCCAUUUGCAACUUCAAGAGUAUGCCAAAAAGUAUGGCGAUGUCUUUAGUUUUACUUACACCGGUCGCCUCUUCAUCCAUUUAGGAAACGUGAAGGCCACCAGAGAAGCUCAUAUCACCAGAUCAGAUAGUUUCUACGACAGACCCAAUGCAUUUCAUCUACUCAAUUACUUCUUGGACGGAGGUGUGGUAUACCUGCAAGGAGAAGCAUGGAAGGCGGUGAGGAAAUUCUUAUUGUUUCAGUUUAGAGAGCGGGGAAUGACGGCUAUUAAGGAGAGUCUAUCAGGUCCCAUCUAUGAUACGGUCAGGGAGACUAUUGCAGACCUUAGAAAGGCGAAAGGACAACCCGUUGACAUUGCUGAAAUACUACUGGUCAAGUGUGGGAAAGUCAUGCGUCAGACACUCUUCGGCAAUGAUGGCAUGUCUGACAAAGAGAUGAUAGAAUUCAGCAGGGCAUACUUCAAGAACCUGAUGAGUAUGACGAGCAUAAAUCUCAUGCUAGUGGGAAACUUUGCUAAAUAUUUUCUGUUUCCUUUUGCUAUGAAUGUUCCGGAAAGUAAGAAAGGUCACCGGGAAAUGAAAAAAAUUAUGAUCGAAGUGGUGAAAAGGAGGAGAGCAACUUUCGACGAAAAUCACAUAAGAGAUGGCUUAGAUGCUUUUUUCAAAGAAAAGAAAGAAAGAGAAGCUAGAAAAGAUCCUGUGGCAAAAUAUUUUACAGAUGAAGUUUUGAUGAUAUCCUUGCUUCAAAUUGUGGGCGACGGAGUCUUGUUUUUGGCCAUGUUUAUUAGUGACUUUUUAACCGCUGCCUUAAAGCAUCCUGAAGAGCAAGAAAAAAUAUAUAAAGAACUUGUUGAAGUUGUUGGUUUAGAUAGAAAUCCUGAGAUAGAUGAUAAAAGCAAAUUAAUCUACACCAACGCUUUCUUGAAUGAAGUAAUGAGAACGACAGAAACGUUUACGAUGUUCCCAAGUAUGGAGUGCGCUAAGGAAACAACAAUUAGCGGAUACAGAAUUCCUAAAGGUGCCAUAACAGUUUACAACUUCUAUGCAGCACACAUGAAUGCUGAUGAUUACGACGAACCUGAAAAGUUUAAACCCUCAAGAUUUAUCGCAAAAGAAGGACAAAAGAAACCCGAUCUCCUUCCUUUAUUUGGUAUUGGAAAGCGAGCUUGUAUGGGAGAAGGCUAUUCAAUGAUUCAAACAUUUCUCUUCCUAACAACCAUCUUGAAGAACUUUCGUUUGACCAAAGCUCCAACGAAAAAGGAGGAUGGAACAAGCUUGUUCUUUUAUUUCGAUAAAGUCGAAAUUUGUGCUCAUCCCAGAAUUUCAUAAGCUUUUUACAACAGAAGAAUAUUAAAAGGACUUUUGAUACGAUAAUUACCUCAUUUCCUUAUACAUUUAUGCUAGACGCUUUGUCUUUUAUUUGUAAAUAACGAUUUUUUUUUUAAAUUUCUUGCUGUUUGUCCAUUAAAACGAUUUUUUUUCCA